CCGCGCUGCCCCGGCACGGCCCUCCCGCCGCUCCCCGGGACGCCGGCUCUUCCAGGCGGGACCGGGGGCCUCCUCCUCACCAGGGCAGCUGAAAAAGCAGGGCUGUGCAUGUCCAUGGACUGUUGGAAGGCUCCCUGGGCACUCUGAGAAUCAGACACUGCCAGUUCUGGGCACUUCUGUAGUCAGCUUGUGAAAAAGGAUGUGAUAAUUAACAGAAAGAAACUUAAGUGUUGCCCUGAGAGGAAGAAGAUGAGUUGUAACAACCCUUGACUGUGAUGCAGAAGGAAUGCAACGACAGGCAACAGUGCCUGCUGCUCUUUCCCUUCUUACAUAGCAGAGACAUCAAAUUUUAAGUAGUAAAACCUCAGGGGUAGGAACCUCUCUCCUCUGGCUCUACAUCCUGGAGAUGGCCUCACCCAAGGUUGCAGUGGUGGGUGCAGGAGUCAUUGGCCUGUCCACAGCACUGUGCAUCACAGAGACUUGUCCCAGCUGCUCUGUGACAGUCCUUUCAGACCAGUUCAGCCCCAACACAACGAGUGAUGUGGCAGCUGGGAUGCUCAUCCCUCACACCUACCCAGACACACCAAUCCACAGGCAGAAGCAGUGGUUCAAAGAAACCUUCACUUACCUUUUUGCCAUCAGCAACUCGACUGAGGCAUCCGAGGCUGGCAUUCACCUGGUCUCUGGCUGGCAGGUCUUCAAAAGCCCUCCCAAGGAAGAGUUACCUUUCUGGUCAGAUAUUGUGCUGGGGUUUCGACCAAUGUCUGAAGCAGAACUCCAAAAGUUCCCACAGCACCGAUUUGGUCAGGCCUUUACGACCCUGAAAUGUGACUGCCCACCCUACUUGCUGUGGCUGGAAAAAAGGUUGAAGGCAACUGGCACCCAGAUGUACACCAGGAAAGUGGCAGACCUGUGGGAGCUGCACGGUGAAUAUGACAUCAUUGUCAACUGCGCAGGCAUGGGAGCCCAGCAGCUGGUGGGAGACAAGCAGCUCAUCCCUGUCAGGGGACAAGUACUCAAGGUUCACGCUCCUUGGGUGAAACUAUUCAUCCGGGAUGGAGAUGGCUUAACUUACAUCUACCCAGGGGUACACAGGGUGACCCUGGGAGGAACCAGGGUAAAGGGGAGCUGGAGUCUCUCCCCUGAUGCUGGCACUGCUAGAGACAUCUUUGACAGAUGCUGCUCCCUUGAGCCCUCAUUGCAGGGAGCCCAGGAUAUCGAGGUGAAGGUGGGCCUGAGGCCAUCCAGGCAGUGUGUGAGAGUGCAGAGAGAGAUCUUGAGCCAAGGAGGAGUUAAGCUCCCAGUGGUCCACAACUAUGGGCAUGGGGCAGGUGGCUUUUCAGUGCACAGGGGCACAGCCACCGAGGCUGCUCACCUGGUGGGAGAGUGCAUUUCUGCUCUGCAAGGCUCCUCAUCGAGGGCCAAGCUUUGAAUCCCAGAGGCUCCUUUUCCAUUUACAGCUAGUGCUGCAUCUCCUAGUAGCAGCUUGGACUUUUAGUAACUUUUACAGUAACUUUAGUUACUGUAUAGAAGGGAGCUACAUCAACAGCUUAUUCCAAUGCAGAUACUCAGUGGUAUCUUCUACCACCUUGGAAAAGCAUGAUGUGUUGAUCCAAGUAUUAGUCCAGCUGAUCAUAUCCUCUCUCUGUCCUGAGCAUUUGUCCUAGCCUCAUGUGAAGAAGAUUUACAUAAAUACUCUUCACAUAACAGUGAUCAGAUUGCUGCAGUGUAAUACAAAUAACAUCAAUUCAGCAUUUCUGCAUCUGCAUCUAAAGGGUGUCAGAUGCAGUAGGCUCAGAUUCAGUAAAAAUAAGUUCUCCUCUUGUACCAAAUCUAAUCCAGAAUUGCCCUGUUUCUGCCACCUUGCUAACAAAUUUUAUUAUUGUCUAUAUGAUUUAGAAGGAAAAGAAAACCCCAUGUAGUGCUCCAUUACAGUGCUCCAGGUCAGCUCUUACAGAAAGCAGUGUUAGGUCACUGUCACACACAGUGACCAGACAAGUGUGAUUUUAAGAGCAGGUCUCUGAUACCCAUCAUUGCAUUUGCUCAUAUUGCACCUCAGGGAACUUAAAGUUUCUUGCCCCACACGAGCUACAGUUUUGUGCAUAUUUUCUCACACUAGUUUGCAAAUCUGGUUUUUUCCUUCAAGGCCCUCAGAUUUUGCUCUCAGAGACCAAUGACUUCCCCCCAGCCCCUCCCCUCCUCCCCCCCACAUCAACAUCGAUAUGGCCUUUGUUCUACUGAAGAGGAUUUUUCAGAGUGGGCUUUGGAAUGCAACAUCCCUUUUCUAUUUUGCAGCACUGUCUGCUUUCCUUGCAACAGCUGAUAUGAAUAAUUUGGAGACAAACCAACAAGGAUUCUAACACCAGCAUCAGUUUUGUAGAAGAGCCAUUUAAGACUAGAUAAACACUCUAAAGAAAAAUUUGUCUGUAACUGGACAUGAACAAGCUCCUCUGCUGUAAGAAAGCUGAGUCACCAGAGCCCAGAUCCUCUCACUCCAUGGCAGAGGCUCUGUUGGGCUUUACACUCCCCUCAGAAAUUCAAGCCCUUUGAUGUGUCUGAAGAUAAUCACUCCCCAAAACUGGAUCUUACCAUCAAGGUACAGGUCUGACUCUUAGUGAUUAAAUGCCUCAUUAUAUUUUUAAUGGCUCAUUUGAGAGUGUUAUCAUCCAUUUUUGUCUAGUUUUUUUGUCCACAGAAUUACAAAACCAUUCUGAAUCCUUCAAUAAUUUCAGUGAUUAAAAUUAACUGAUAA